AUGCACCUUGCUCGACAAGAUGCCUUGGCACCUUAUUCUGGAGGAAGGUCCCGUCCCAAAACCCGUGGCUAUGUGACAGUUCGUGAGCCUGCCAAAGGAUUCUUCAUCGCAGGUUCGAACAUCGAUGACAUGAAUGGAAUUUAUGCUGCCAUCCGACCGGAAAAUCUCAAAAUUCGACGACAGGUCCAGGUGGCAUAUCGCAAUGACAGCAGUGGCUGGACCAUGGCGCUCGUGAAGGCACCACCACAGACAGCGAACCUUCGACGUCGCCGACACUUGGACAAAUCUCGCCUCCCUGCGGGAGUUUUGCCCGAUUCCUCAGAUUCAGACGAUGACUACAGUGAUAAGUUCGAAUGGAUCUUCAUGGAUCCUUUGGGCCGUGAGAGAUUUGCGCACAAGGGUGACACCAUCAUUCCAGGAGCAGGCCUGCGAUGGUGGCAUCUUCAUCGGGAGGUCAGCAGCUCGAAGGUGGACACCAAUCUUCCUCAACUUUACUGGCACGAGUGUUUGGAAGACAACGCAGACUUCGAGACCGCAGAUGAGUUAGAAGAGUCACUGAAGAUCACCCCUGCUGUGGACACAGAUGUUACUCAUCAGGUGCCCAGAAGUGAAUGCAGGGCGAUCAUGGAGCCGGUGAAGGACGACGAGGAUGAGCUCCCUUGGCAAGUGAUCGCCGUCCUGGAUGGUAGCGUCAUCCGAGACCUGCGUUACAGCUACCGACGAUACGAAAGGACGGUGGCCGCAGCCAAGGCCGGUACGAACCUUCCAAAGCCAGCUCCUCACACACUGGAGUAUUGCUGCCAACAACCGCGCUGCUGGGUCUACAGGGUCGUUGCGCCUGGAGGUGUCAUUUUGCGCACACAGCCCAGGAGUUCUGCAAAAUCAUGCGGGCAGCGAGGAUGUGGUCAAUAUGUGUGCGGCGCAGAAAUUGAGGGCUGCUGGCUCCACCUCGCACCUUCACGUCGGCUGACAGAGAGCGAUUCGGAGGAGCAAGUUGAUCAGUGGGUUUGCUUAAAGGAGAAGGACGGAAAAGCAUUGUUGGAAGCAGUUCGGGACUCCGACGUGGGCUGCUCCAAGGCCCCGGUGGAGAAUGACCCGCAGGCGGAGAAGUUCGACAGGCCUUUCGAGCCUCGCCUACAAGCGCCCGACUACCAAGCUCCGAGUACAGAUGCUGGAGGGGCUGAUGUGGACAUGAAGGGCUUCGAAGACAAGGACGAGCACUCGCCCGGAAACCUGGAGGAACCCGCCGAGCUCGUCGUUGGUGGCAUGUGCAUCCUGCAAGGGCUCACAGAAUCCAGCAAGAAUGGCCAGCCUUGCAUCAUCUGCAAACUGCCUCGUGACGAUGGCCGCUGUUUGGUGCAACUGUCUGAUGGCCCUCAGAUCAAGUUGGCAGUCAAGCCCUCAAACCUGAGGCCCAUCAGAGGACCGAAGGAAUCCGAACAAAGUUAUUGUGCCAGAAUCCUCGGCCUGACUCCAGGCACAUUGGGGCUUAUUGGAGCUCCCUCAGAGAGUGCAGCUUGCUUGCAGAGCCUGAAGCCUGGGGAAAUCUUGUCAGCAGCUUUACGAGCAGCCCAACGCGAUCUUCCAGAUGCACCAGAUGCGCUUCUCGAGUCGCAAGAGGCCUACGAGAAGCUGAUGCUGGAUUUCGCGUCGGUUGACAGCAUGGCUCCAGGAUCGCGGCCCUUUCCUCCGCAUGUCCUUGUAGAGAAUGGUUUGCUUGGCACAAGAGCAGCUCACGCUGCCACAAAUGCUGCAAGUCAACAGUCCAUCAAGAGCUCUGAGGCGGGGAUAGCUGCUUUGCGACAGGUUCUAAGCGACGAGCAUCGUCGCUUGGCUCGGGAAGCAGGGCUUGCAUGGCCUUUGCCCGCAGCAUGCAAGUCUCCCUCGGAGGGCUCGGAUGCGUUGCGUCUGCGACUUACAUUGGUCAGGGCAUUGCUUUGUAGCCGGCAGGAAGCACAAGCUGCUCUAGAGGCCGAGGCGUGCGUCCGUCGGCACCCGCAUGGUGCAGCCAGCCUUCUUUGGGCAGGACGAUGCUUGCUUCGCAUCGGCCGGCGUGAGCAUGGCAGGAAAUAUCUGUCGAUGGCGGAGCAAUCUGGUGGGUCAGGUGCAGAUGGGAGUUGGGGACUCCAAGGUGCUACCAUGCGACUGCAGGCGGUUGCAAAGGUCGAGCGCUGCAAGCUGGCAGCAGAGGAUGCCUACGGCUAUGGUGACUUCCAAACAGCAGCUGCACGGUAUGGGGAGGCCAUCAUACAGAGCCCCACUGAUGACAAGUGGGGCCGAGCAACGCUGCACGCAGCCAGGGCUGCUUGCCAUCGUCGUGCACGGGAGUUCCGUCAGGCUGUUGAUGACUGCGAUGCAGCUCUGGGGCUCUUCCCGAACUACGCUCGGGCGCUGUUCCGGCGCGCGGCCUGCUUGAUCGAGGCCGGUCGCCCAUCCGAAGCCGUGAAAUCACUUGAAGGACUUCUCAGGGUUGACAGGUCAUGGCCAAACCUUUGCGAUUGGUUGGUUCGCGCACAUGCCUUGGCCAAGCGGCUGGAUAACAAGGACACCUUCAAGGCAUCGUGGAAGCGAGGCCGACGUUCCCGAGAGACUGCAGAAACUGCAGGCACACCCGAGGUAGGUUCCGACCUCUAUGCCAUUCUCGGCGUCUCUGCUGAUGCUACAGACCAGCAGCUGAAGCGUGCAUACAGACUCAUGAGUUUGAAGUACCACCCGGACAAGCAGGGCGGUUCCACAAGGGACUUCCAAAGGAUCGCCACUGCCUACGAGACCUUGUCCGAUCCCGCCAAGCGCCACGCCUACGACGAAGGCGCGGACUUGAAGAAACCAGAAGAUGACAGCGAGGAAUCCGAGCGUGAAGAAAAGUCAUUGCGCGAGGAGGUGGAGCGGAAGUAUUUUCCGGAGCGAUUCAAGUACUGGCCAUUUGGUGAUCCAUUCAUCGAGAAGCGCAAGUUGCUUGCCCAGCGGAAGCGGGAUGCAGAGAGGCAAGCACUAGUCACUAGCACUAUCAGCGCCGAGGUCUCGGCCGACACCAGCAGCCACAUCAAUUGGCUGCCUGGUCGUCCUCGUUUCCUCAUUCUCACCGAUGUGGUGCCGCAACGCACGGCUCGCCAGCUGGCGUUGGAAGACGGCACACCCUUGCGGCCCGGCGACGAACGAGACACCACGACAAUAACCUAUGGCACUGGAAAGUUGACCGGUGAGUACAUCCGGGACAUGCUGUGCUUGCGCAAAGGCCGAGGUGCCGCUGUGGCUGAGAGCUCUCUUUGCCUUCAAGUCGACUUCCUCGGCGUGACGCAGGAGUCCAGGUUUCCAUUCACGGAGCUACCUUUUGACGGCAUCUUCGGCUUGGGAUUGGGAGGACUCUCCGCUGGACCUUCGUUCAACUUCGUGAACAGCUUGGUGGCUGCUCCGCAGACGCUCCGGAAUCCAACAUUUGCUUUUUUUCUGCGGAAUUUGGAUGCCGAUGAAGAUAGCGAGAUCACCUUCGGAGGGUAUCGUAAGGACCGUUUAGACGGAGAGGUAACGUGGCUGCCGGUCCCAAAACAAGAGGCAGACGAAAAAGGCUAUUGGCUUGUGGCAAUGCGUGACAUUUAUGUGGAAGACAAAGCGCUUAAUUUGUGCGCUUCUGCUGGGUGCCAGGUAGCCAUGGACACUGGGACAGCUCUGAUGAUGGGCCCCCGACGUGCAGUCGGGCAGCUGCUCACUGCUUUGGGAGACUGCAAACAUUGUGGAAUCGUGUCAUAG